GAUCAUGUUGCAAAGUUCAUGAAAAGGUAUGCGGCCGCUAAAGGUCAUGGAAUACGAAUUAGUGGUAGUGGAAAAAUAUAUAAAAUGACAAAUGAAAUAAUAAAGCGAAGGUAUUUGUGUCGUCAUGCUGAAAAAGCCAUAUUCAAACAAACAACACAAUCAAAUAUGUCAUCUUGUUGA